CACACAGAGCUCUUACACACAGUCCCUCUCUUUUUCUCUUUGCACGAAAACACUUUCGGGAAGAAUUAAGUUGGGUUUUUUUAAUUCUUUCUCUCUCCCCCUCUCCCCUUUUCUCUCUCUCUCUCUCUCACACACACACACACACACACUCAUGGACGUGUGCUCAGCCACAGUGAGGCCCUGCCGCUGGAACUGCUCGACUAUGUGGAGGAAGAACCGCUCGUUCUGGGAACCUCUGGUCUGUCUCGUAUUUCUGGUGACGCUGGUCGGUGCCUCUGGAUUCUUGAGUCAGAGCUCGGCCUCACAGUUCCUGAGUCGACACAGGAGAGCCAACUCUCUGUUGGAGGAAACCAAGACGGGGAACUUGGAGAGGGAGUGUAUUGAGGAGCUGUGCAACAUGGAGGAGGCCAGGGAGAUCUUUGAGAAUACUCCAGAGACGGAAUAUUUCUAUCCCAGAUAUGUUGCCUGUCUGGGUUCACACCGUGUCGGCAUCUACGACCAAAAAUCUCACCAAGUCGUUUCAUCGGAUCUUCGCGCCUGUGUGAACGGAAUAACAAACCAGUGCGUACCCAAUCUCUGCUAUAAGGAGGGGUCGCUUGUCUGCAAGGACGGCCAGGGGACCUUCCAGUGUUUGUGUAAGCGUGGCUGGAAGGGGGCGCUGUGUGAGGAUGACAUCAACGAGUGCACGGAUCCUGAAUAUCCGGCAGGAUGCGAUCAAAAAUGUUACAACAUUCCUGGUGGUUUUCACUGCUCAUGUGAGGAGGGCUAUAAAGUCAGAAACAACGUCCACUGUGAAGAUAUCAACGAGUGUCAGUUGUUUCCCAGCAUCUGUAGAGCUCCAGCUCGGUGUGUCAACACUCCUGGCAUGUUCGAGUGCCAGUGUCCUCCAGGCUUCAAAUACAACUUCUCUUCCAAGACCUGUGAUGAUGUGGACGAGUGUGAGUUUGGCCUGUGCGAUGGCACGUGUGUGAACACACAGGGCAGCUACUCCUGCUACUGUGAUGGCCGCCAGGGUCUCCGUUUGCUGGAGGACAAGAGAUACUGUGACAAAAUCCCGGUUUGUGUUGAUCUGUACAACCACAAACACUCAGAAAUGCUGUAUCUGGGCGGGGAGUUCGCAGGCUUUCCUGUCAUCUAUCUCCUCUUCAGACUGCCAGAGUACACAAAGUUUGCAGCAGAAUUCGACUUCCGUACGUUUGACCCAGAGGGAGUUAUUCUGUAUGCUGAGUCCUCACAGGACUCAUGGUUCAUGUUGGGCCUCAGGAACGGUAGCAUCGAAGUUCAGUUCAAGAACCAGCAUACGUUCAAGGUCACCAGUGGAGGAAAAGCCAUCAAUGAUGGACAGUGGCAUGUGAUCUCAGUGGAUGAACUGGAGCGAAGCAUCAGCGUGAAAAUCAGCAAAGAGGCCGUGAUGAGCAUCAACAGCCCCGAGGCGCUCUUCAACUCAGUCAACGGUAAACUGGUGACCAAGGUCUACAUCGCUGGUCUGCCCAACCGCACUGACCACCUCAUCAAGUCUAUCAACCCUCGACUGGACGGCUGCAUCAGGGGCUGGAACCUGAUGAAUCAGGGAGAGUCAGGGGUGAAGGAGAUAAUCCAGGAGAGGAGGAACAAACACUGCUUUGUCUACGUGGAACCAGGAUCGUUCUUCUCCGGGGCAGGACUGGCACGCUUCAACAUUGACUACAGAAAUCCUGAAGGCUGGAAAGUUGACGUCAGUAUGAACAUCCGUCCGUCCAGCAGCACCGGUGUCCUUUUCGCCCUCGUCUACAACGACACGGUUCCUCUGUCGGUUGCUGUGGUGACGAAGGGAGACAAAGAUGCUGACCUGCAGGUGUUCUUUGAUGGCCUCCCUGUGGCCGUGCUGGACUCCCUGAUGCUGUGCUAUCCCGAGCGCCUGGCGGUGCAGAUCCGUGUCAAUGCCACAGGAAUCCAGAUCUCAGCCGACUCUUCCACUGUCACUUACAUAGAUCCAGAUUCCAGGGUCCUGCAGGGGGCGCUGGAGCGCCUCAAUAGCACCAUGCAGAACCCCAUCAGUACAUAUGUUGGUGGGAUACCAGCUCACGUCCCGUUACCUGCCAGCCCAGUGACGGCCUACUACCACGGCUGCAUGGACAUCACCAUCAACGGUCAGAAGCUGGACUUUGAUGAGGCGACCAUCAAACACAACAGCAUCAAAUCCCACUCCUGUCCUCCGUCCUCUGCUCCUGAAAGCCUCCAUGACCUUCCAGACCUGGACACACAGUGACCACUGUUGUCCUUGGGAGAUUCUUAACAAAACAAAGGUGUCCUGCAGGGGUCACUUCUUGGGACAUUUUUUUAAAAAAAGUAAAGGAUCAGAUAGCGGUAGAAAGUGUUUUGUGUCGACCCCCUCAGAUUAGCUUGUGUUUUUCCUGCUGUCCAUACUGUGCCAUUUCUUCUGUUCAGUUCAGGGAACAUGUCUGUCUGUGGAGUUCUAAUAACAGUGUAAGCUGUUUUGCCAAAGGGCUGCUGGGAAUCUGGAUGAUGUAGUCCUUAGAGAGUGUUGCAAUGGAUUAACUCAGUUCCAAGAAGUAGAAACAAAGCUCUGGUGAAAACCCCACAUGUUGAGCAACAGAUGUUAAUGAUAAUGUAAAACUGUAGACUGCUGGACCAGGUCUUAAUACUCACCUGCAUCUUUUCACUCAAUCAUUUCUACUUGUGUAAUUUAGAUUUUUUUUUUUAUUCUUUGAAUUGAUCACAUCAAUGGUCAGAUGUUUAAACAGUACCUGUCACUGAGCCUUUCUUUAAGAUGGUUGGAGCUCAUGUUCUUUUUCUUAAAGUUCUAACUUAAUUGUAAUUGCGUAGUCAAAUGUUUUUUGUUGUUUUUUUUUAGUUUGUCAAAAUAAAAGUUUACCAAAGCAUGUUUAAAUUCCCUGCCUCUCCUGGUCAGGCACCCUACUUUGAAAACCAUUUGUUUAGUAUGCCGAUUUAGCAAAAAUUAACACAUUGUUUGCGUUAAUCUAUGAAGGUGAAUCAGAUUUUAAAUUCUAACGCAUUUAAAGGCAUGGCAACAUGUGAACCCUACAAUGAUAAUUCCAUAUAGCUAAAAUAUGAAAAAAAUGUAAGAAUAUCUUAAACAUAUAAGCACCAACCAGUUCAGUGUAUAACCCUAAUACUGUAAUAAUACUGUAUCUGCUGUCACUACUACUACUGUCGUGUACUGCCUUAAUCUGUGUUCUUGUUUUUUACAAGUGCUGUGAAUGAAAAUGUCUUUUGACACAAUAAAUCAGGUCCAUUAGUCUUA